GGAUCUCGUAGCUACACCGCGCUAACACCCCGACCUUUUCUCUUUUUGAAAAGACUCCAUAUCCGCAAAGCAAGAUAUGGCGAACCCGUUCUAAGGCUCAAGGGAUUAGCUUCACCGUGCUUUACCCCCCUUGCUGGCCCGUGCUGGCUAGGGAUUUUAAAGAAGGAAGGUUCGGUUCCUAGGUACGAGCUAGCUGGCUUAGCUACAACCGCCAGGGAUUGCGAGCUAGGGUUUUGUCUACGGGUUGAGUUGGGAGCUACACUCGCGUACGCUCACGUCUCGAUAAGCACGAACGAUACUCGACUCCGAGACCAGGCCCUAGCGGCCAUGAGCGUCCGUAGAAAAAACAAACACUGGAUUCUCGCGAUCAAAUCCCUGGAGUCUGCGGUCUCACUGGAUUCUACGGUGCAGCUACGAUCCCCACCUUCUUUAAAACCCCUAUCUCGCAAGAGAAGACUCGCAAGAGACGGGUGGACUACCAUCGAACGACUGGCUAGCCAAUUGAGUAGAGAUAUGAAAUCACGAGCGAAUUACCCGAUUCCUAUUAUGCUAGGCCCUGGGAUAGCGAUAGCCUUGUUUCGGAUUUUC